UUUCUGUGUGUGUGUGUGGGGGGGUGAGAGAGAGAGAGAGAGAGAGAGAAAGAGAGAGAGCGAGAGAGAGAGAGAGAGAGAGAGAGGGGUCCAGAAAAGCCUUGGAGCAUUGAAAGAAGAAAGAAGUCUCGCUGCUGCCAGAUCUCCACACUCCACAACCCCAAAAACACAAAAGUGAAUACUCUCCCUUCGUGAAAAGUUCCGAGGAGAAGCUGCCAUGGACGGGAUAACAUUUGGACGCGCGUCGCUCUUGUGCACCUUGCUGCUGUGGGCAUUUCAAGUCUGUAGCGGAACUGUGGUUGUGGAGGCGGCUCCCAAAGUGGAGGUGUUAAAAGGAGAGACUGCCAAACUGCCCUGCAAAUACACUGUCUCAACAUCGUCAAGCACCACUGUUGUUGAAUGGUACAUUGAGGAGCAGGAAACCAGGAAGCGCGUUGCUUUCCGCUCCGAGGGCGAUGACGGAAAAACCGAUGACGGCACCCCUCUGACUGGCCGGGCCACUAUCGGAGAGGACUUCACUUUGACCAUCACCUCGGUCCAACCGUCUGAUGAGCUCAGCUUCUUCUGCCAAGCCAAUGCUGGACCUGCCGGCGUCGGGGAGGCCUCCACUUCGCUCAAAGUCUUCUUUGCUCCAGAGAAGCCAGAACUCACAAGGCCAUCAAGUCAGGCCAUUUCUGUGGGAGCGCCUACCAGCUCUGAGAUUGGGACCUGUGUGACAAAGAACGGACAUCCCCAGCCAAGAAUUAUCUGGUUUAAAGAUGGCCAGCCCCUCCCUGAGAUCAAGGACAAGAGAGAGGAUACCCACAUGGUCCCCUCACUGGUGAAGGAGUCCUCUGGUCUCUACACUGUCAAGAGUACCCUGUUUAUGAAGCCCACCAAGGCGGACAAGGACUCUGAGUUCCAGUGCACCGUGGAGUACAGCAUGCCAGGAGACCAGAACAAACAGAAGAAGUCCAACACCAUCAACAUCAACCUCAACUAUCCCUCUGAGAAAGCGACCUUUACCCUUGUCAACACCGAUCCCGUCAAAGAGGGCGACACCGUCACCAUGAAGUGUGAGACCGAUGGGAACCCUCAACCUGAGUUCGACUUCACUAAAGAUGAUAAAGCCGUCAGCGGUGUGGGUGGUAUGCUGGUCCUGAAGUCCGUCAAGCGUUCAGAUGCCGGUGUGUACAAGUGCACGGCCACAGAUUUCGAUAACCUGGAUGCUGAUCUGAGUGGAACUAUCUCCCUCGUCGUCAACUACAUCGACCCCGUGAGCGUGAUUCCUGUCGAACCUCAAGUCGUCAUGCUCGGAGACAAGGUGGAAUGGCAGUGCAAGACCAAGGCCUCUGCUGUGCACACUGUCCAAUGGAAAAAGGGCUCUGAGGUGCUCUCUCAGGAUGGCACGCUGUCAAUACAAGAUGUCUCCUAUGAUAAGGCUGGAGAGUACAUGUGUGUUGGAGCUGUGCCGUCUGUGCCAGGACUGACUGCCCAGGCUAGUGUCAGCCUCACCGUCAAAGGAAAGCCGAUGAUCGAGACCCCUGUUGCCGGAGAAGUGGGGAAGGAAGGAGAGUCGGUGACUCUGAAGUGCUCUGCCUACGGCUCUCCUGCCCCUCAGGUCAUCUGGAAGCCCUCAGGAAAAGAGUCUAUAUCACUGGAAGCUAACAAGGUGGUUGCCACUGUGACCCUGCAAGCUACAGCCGAGGUCAUGAAGGACGGAGUGAUCUGCGAGGUCUCCAACGAGCACGGAACAGAUAGCAAGACCUUCAAUGUAGCCAUCAAAAGAGCAAUUCCAGCAAAUGAAAAUUCAGCCGACAGAGCCGACAAGCAGCAGGGAGGCUCCAGCGGGGUGGUGAUAGCCGUGGUGGUGUGCGUUCUGCUGCUCCUGCUGCUGGUGGCUGCCAUCUACUUCCUGAACAAGAAGAGCAAGCUGCCCUGCAGCAAGAAGGACAAGAAGGAAGUGGCCACUGGAGAGGUGAACAACGACAUUGUGGUGGAGAUGAAGACAGACAAGGCCAACGAAGAGGCCGGUCUCCUCAACAAGAGACCGUCCACAGAACAGUGAUGAAGCAAGACAAUGAAAGUGACCGACAGAGGGAUGAAGGGAAGGAGGAGAGCAGUUAUGAACACAACAGGGCUAAUUUUUAUUUACUACAUUCGACUGAAGGGGACAACAAGAGGUGGAACAUGGAAACAAUUUUUUGGGGGGGAGACAUUGGGAGGCCCACUAUGUUUGACACUGGCUUGUUUUAUAUCAUGGAGUAGACCUUUUGGAUGGACUUUUCCCUUUUUUUCAUAAAUUAAAGACAGAGUUGACCUUAAAGAUUAGACUCCAUCCAUUCAUGCUACCACAGGUUUAAAAACAUAUACGUGAAAAACCACAAUGUGACACCACUGGAUGACAUUAUUCUGAUUCUAAUAUCUUCUCUGCCAAUCACAUCUUUUCCAGUCGACUCCUCUGCAGAGUAGAGCCGCACAGUGAAGCGUGGCCGACGCUCUCCAAACACAGUGGCAAAAUCUUUUCUUAUCUACCCCAAAUGAAACACAAAAUGCCAUUAAAGCCACUGUGCUUGUUUUCUUGGAGCGCGUGUCUGCCAUGCAAGUGUAACACUGAAUGUCUCUUCCAUCUUGGGAGUCUUGCACUUAAAGUUCUCUGCUGGAUAUAUGGGGAAAAUAAUCACACGCUGCCAUUUAGUUUUAUUCACCUCACUAAUAACAAGUGAUGAUUCAUGCUCACAACAUUUUAAUCUCUGAGAACACUGUUUGGCUAUGACAGAAGAUGCUUUGUGUUUGUCUAAGUGCUAUUUGUUUAAUUGCAUUUUAAUUUUUUUUUUUUUUUUUAACCACCUGUGAGUGGUCACCUAUUUUUUUUUUUUCAAUAUCCCUAAUUAGCUUUCUUUAGAAGCAGCCCGGGCAUUUAAUAACGCUUCUUCCCCUUAAAUUGCUUGCCUUUUUUUGUUUAAUCCAGCUAAAGGCAGCAAAACAAGCAAGCUAUUAGGUUGUAUAAAUUUGUUCUUGCCAUUUCCAGCAUACUUGUAUAUUAUGUUAGAACAUCAGUUGUUCGCUUGUUUCCCUUUGUUCUCCUGUGUUUCUCUGUAAAUUUAAAUACUGAUUACCCUGUCUAUCAAGCAGGAGAUGUGCUGUGCUUGACGUGGAGUUCAAAGAGCCUGUGGUUACUAAGCUGCUGGUCUGGGAACGUUGUGACUGUCACCAUUUCUUUGAGUCUUUCUCAUCCUUUCAUGCCUCAGCUCCUGGAUGAAACCAUUCUCACAAAAAACAGCAGCGGUGGUUCCUCUUAUAGAGCCCAAAUAUCAUCAGCCUUUAAUGUAAGAUUGGUCGAACUUGGUGAAAACAAUCGGCAUUGUGCUUUGCGUGCUCUCAUUCGACCACGAAAUGAGGCAUUCAGGGGCUACAAGUGCUCUAGUCACACAUUCACCUUAGGAGAAAUCACUGGCACGAGGUUCACUCUAGUUUGAUACAGGCAGGGGAAGGGAAGGAAGGGGGAGGUGUGGGAGGGGAUCGGGGUUGUUGCUGGAGUAUUCGAUGUACCUUUUUUUUUUUUUUUUACCAAAUGAAAUGUGUCACAGCAGGAAUGUUUCCGUGUUUAGGUACGCAAUACUGGCAUUUUCUGCUUCUCUCCUACACUGUCGGCAGGCCAGAGAGGUUUGAUAGCGGGUUGACAUGCCCUUUUACUUUGUUGUACACUGGAACCAAUGGCCUUGAUUUUAUUUUGCUUUUUUUAAAAAAAAAAAAAAAAAAAGGUCACCUCAAACCACUAUCUCUACCCCACAAGGCUAAUUUUUAUUUUCUAAAUGUCCGUCUACUGAUCUUGCCAUUUUGACUGUUAGCAAACCUGUGAUGGCAGGUGAAGAUAGAUUUGUAAACUUGGAGCAUCGUUCUUUUUAUUUUAAUGUUUCUAUAAAAAAAAUAUUGUGGUAUAAAAGUUUUCUUUUUUUAGAAAGGGGUUUCUUCAUUUUGGAACUACUGAGUUUUCAUUUUUCCAUGCUUUUCCACUUGCUCUGAGAGACGAGAGAAAUGUUUUUGUUCUUUCAUUUAGGAUUCUUUUUUUAUGAGACAUUCUCAGUGCUUUACUUCUCUCUCUCUGUACUGUAUACUGUAUAUUUUGUGGUACGCUGUUGUGACCUCUGUGGUGUGUUGAUGUAUCUUUUUAUUUUUGUUCCAGCUGUGUAGAAUUUCUAAUGAAAAAAACCCAAGAAAACCAAUCACACCCUUU